UCAUGGCGAUUUCCCCCACCUAAUGGAAUGCAAUGUGUUGUGGAGUGAUCUAAAAAUCGAAUUUUGGGAUUUCGAGCCACGCUUUUUUCGGUAUCUGGCUCACUCCACACACACUAGCAUUGAUGGUAAUGCAUGCAAGCAAACAUCCGAGACUCAGUGAUGGGUUCCACGACAGGAACGAAGCCCAUCCUUUCCAGACUGUGGACAGAUUUCCAGCCAAGGGUCACAGUGGGAAAAGCGACGGCAACACAGGCUCCAUGUCGGGCCGGCCCUCUGACCACACUGACCAUGCUGACCAUCGCGAGAGAUUGCACAUCGCCAACAGGGACUCGCCCAACCAGCGGCCCGCGGCCAGCCCUGCAUCUAGACAGGCCAACGAUCGGAGUAGCCCUCGUACGUAUCGAAAUAAAGAGUCGUACCUGCAGCGACAAAGGGAGAAGCAAAAAGCACUUGGAAGUUCGCCAGCAGAGAAUGCAGUCAAUCACCAUGGAACGAACUCCCAUGUCACAGAUCAUGAAAGACACAUCAAAACGAUCUUGGCCAAGGCGGGAGAGUGGACAGAGCACACCAGUUCAUCAGGGAAGAAGUAUUACUACAACUGCAGGACAGAGGUGUCCCAGUGGGAGAAGCCCAAGGAGUGGCUGGAGAGAGAGAAACUGCAGCGAGUUCUUGGCUCCAAGGAGAGACCCAUUGUCAAGGAGUCUCCAAGACCAGCUCAGAGUGGAGAUGCCACACCUUCAAAAAGUGAUACCAACAGCAAGCAUUCCAUCGAGUCAUCCCGUGAGAAACCCACCCCAUCACCUGCCCAGCACCAGCAACAGGCCAACAGAUACCCAGACAGGCCCUCCAGCCGGCCCCAGGAGCGGUCCUCAGGCAGCCGAAACCCGGAGAGACCCGCCCUUCGACCUCAGGACAGACCAGCUACCACAGGGAGCGAGGCCACGCUCGCCCGGUCCCACAGCUCCUGUAGCAGCAGCAGCACCAAUAGCAGUCUGUCCCAGAGGCGGCCCUCACAGCAGUCCAACCAGGCCCCCUACAGCUCCCUGUCCCGGAGUCAGAACGAGGGGAUGCGGACUGAGCGUGACAGGAGACACGAGACGGAAUACCCCCAUCACAGAGAACAAUCUAACGUUAAUGAUAAAGCACGCAGCGGCUCCGGUGGUAACGUUGCUCAUCCUACGGGGGGCAGCAGUGGCAGUACUGGUGGUGGACUCUCUCUGGCCACUGAUAUCUAUGGCCGGCUUAAACCACUUGUCUCCCACUCAAAGGGCGAUAGGGAUCGUACCGAAUCGCCACGGGUGAGAACCACUUCCUCCCCCGGCACACCCACGGCCACGCCCUCCCCUCACCUGUCCAAACCUCACCACAACAACCAGCAGAACCAGCAAGGCCUCCACCCACCAGUAGCACAGAAGUUAUUCCCCGCCCACUCCCCGUCGCUAGAGAGGCAUGGCCAUCUCCAUCACCACAGUGACCGAGUCGAAGAAGCUUUCGAAAGGUUGUCCAACCAGUCUCCAAUUUCCGUAGCGUCUGUCUCUGACCUCUCCUCGCCAGCCAUCUCGCAGCCCUCGCCGCGCAACCAGGCCUGCACCACACCUCACCAACAGCAGCAGCAGCAGCAGCAGCACCCCCAGCUGCAGUCCCAGUCGUCGCACUCCUCGCAGCCCUCCCAGUGCAACGUGCAGCAGCCCCCGCAGCAGUCCAGGAGUAACUCCCAGCCGCAGUCGGACUCGCGCUCCACCACGCCGACUUCAGUGGCCAACCUACCGGCCAACCUGAGCCGGGUGUCGUCGGAUGUCAAGCAGGGGCAUCCGCCCGAUCUUAACACGGAGGAGCCCGUCAGGGAUGGUCAGAUGGAAACCGACAGCCAACAGCCAAGUCCAGUUUCAACAAGUCCAACGCCCAGCCAGACAUCGAGCCAGUCAGGGACAGGAGUGGCCAGCCUACCUACUACACCUCAGAAGCCUGCAGUGGCAACGCUCAGCCCCUCGCUAGCUCUGUAUCACAAUGAGUCCUUAACGAAGCAUGUUAGCGGUUGGUCCUCAGAGCUUCUGGACAGACAAGAGGAUGGGGCCCAGAUCUCCGGCCAAAUCAUGAACCCAUUUUAUUACGUAUGCGUGGAGGCCCACUGGAACGGCAGCUUCAAGGCCUUUGGUGCUUCAGCUGUGUAUCCCGAAAGCUAG